AUGGAGAGUGAUCACGUAAAACUGAAAGUCCACCUGGUUACUGGCACGGACUCGGGCGAGUUCAGGCUGUUGAGUGAGGCGUUGGCUCGUAGCUCAGUGGUGGGCCUGGACGCGGAGUGGAAGCCGGUGCGGAGGUCGUUCCCGACGGUGUCGGUGCUCCAAAUCGCGUGCGGUGAUUGGGGCGUGUUUGUAUUGGACUUGUUGUCCCUUCCUCUCUCUUCCCUGUCGGAACAGCUGCGAGAAUUGCUCCUGUGCCCCGACAUCUUGAAACUCGGAUUCGGAUUCAAGCAGGAUUUGGUUUACUUGUCCUCCACUUUCUGCUCCCACGGCGGCUUCGACAAGGUUGAGCCCUAUUUGGAUAUCAGAAGCGUGUACAAUCAUCUGCAGCAUAAUAAGAAACAUGUACCCAAACAAAGUAAGAGUUUGUCGAGUAUAUGUGCAGAAGUAUUGGGGUUUUCGCUCUCCAAGAAACGUACUGCUGGAAGCUUGUUCGUCGAUGUUGUUCUUUCUGUAGUUGUUUUGGAACUCCAAUGUAGUGAUUGGUCACACCGUCCUCUUACAGAAGGGCAGAUAAGAUAUGCAGCUAUGGAUGCUCAUUGCUUGCUCGACAUAUUUAAGAUCUUCCAGGCAAAGGUUGUCAAAGGAGACUUUAUUCUUGACACUACGGUAUUGUCUAAUCCUGAUGCAAGUCUUGGGUUGAAAGAGCUAUUCAGAAAUCAUGAUAUGUGUGAUAAAGUCCUAAGAGCACAUUCUUGUGAAGCUUUAGCAAAUGUCCAAGCCACAACUUGUUCUGAUGUUACUCGGAUAAUACCUUUAGCUGGGGGAAUGAUCCAAAAGUCACCAUACUGGGUUACUAUACCAAUGGAUGAAAUUUUGUUGAAAAUUGUGAAAAAAUAUGGUGAUAUGAUCUUGCUAAAGGAGUCAGACAGAAAGCCCAAAAGCUCAAAAAAGAAGGGAAAGAAGCAUUCACUAAUUAAUGGGAUCAGCAAGGAAAAUCAUUUUGAGAAGUUUGAUGAGUGGCAAGGUACCCCACCUUGGGAUCCUUUGGAGGGGGGCAAUGGAUAUCCAAAGUUCCUUUGUGAUGUAAUGGUUGAAGGCUUGGCAAAACAUUUACGGUGUGUUGGGAUAGAUGCUGCAAUUCCUUAUUCAAAGAAGCCUGAACCAAGGAUGUUGAUAGAACAAGCACAAAAAGAGAAACGUGUGAUUUUAACGAGGGAUGCAAAGUUGCUAAGACAUGAUUAUCUCACAAAAUACCAAAUAUAUAAAGUGAGGAGUCUUCUGAAAAAUGAACAACUACUCGAGGUUAUUGAAACAUUUCAACUAAAAAUUAAUGAGGACAAGCUAAUGUCGAGGUGCACAAAAUGCAAUGGAACAUUUAUUCAGAAGCCACUGACAACUGAAGAAGCUAUUGAAGCGGCAAAGGGUUUUCAAAGAAUUCCAAAUUGCUUAUUUGACAAGAAUUUAGAGUUUUGGCAGUGCAACGACUGUCACCAACUUUAUUGGGAGGGAACCCAAUACCAUAAUGCAGUUCAGAAGUUUAUUGACAUUUGCAAGCUUAGUGACUAA